AUGAAUUCUUGGUAACGAUGCUUUUUUGAACUUAAUGCCAAAAAGAUUAAAGAAAAAUUUAAGGAUGUUUGCUAGGAGGGUCAGUAAAAAUGGUUAAAAAUUGGCAGUUCCAUAUCCUCAUUUUACUAUGGCGAUACUAUCUUAAGAAUAAGAUGUUAUACAAAUAACAUAGAUUAUGGUUAGUAUGCAAUUUUUCAAUCGUAGUAUAGACACCAAAUAAUAACACUUAGCACUUCAUCUAACGAACAUGAAGGAAAUUAAAAUGAGGAUACUUUAACAAGUUUACUUAUAGAUUAGAAAUUAGAAGCUAGUGCACUUAAAAUCUUUUAAAAAGUAGCCUUCACUUCAUUAAGUGCUACUUAAAACAGGACAGGUAGCAAUUAGGAUCUAUAAAUGAAACGUGAUAAUAAUGUAAAAUCGCCAUCCAGAUUAUAGCUUUUAGGAUAGGAAGCGUGGUUGUCAAAACUUUAUGGGAUCAGUGGGAUCAAUACAUUAAAGAUAUGUGAUUGCAAUUUGAUAGUUAAAAUUUUCGAAAGGCAUACAUGAAUUUAGACAUGGUGAGUAAACAUACAUGAUUGCUAUAUUGUAGGACAAAUUUCAGUAUAGAGCACUUUGUUCAUGAUUCAGAAUAAUGAGAAGAGGUUAAUUAUUUGAUC